CUGGCACCAAUAUUCUGAACAGCGUCAUUCUUUCGGACCUCUAUUGCUAAUAUAUUGCGCCUAUAUAUUGUGAUAUGUCUCCUAGGAAACGUACAAGGUCGUCUGUCGCUCAGGAGCUGGCGCUAGACGAGGGUGUUGGUGGUUCGAGUGGAAGUGGCCCGGCCAAGCCAGCGAAGAUACCUCGUCAUGGUCCUGCCAAUAAUCCUAUCGUCAUCUCGGACGACGACGACGAUCUCCAAGAGAUUCUCGCCCAGAUCAAGGCGCAAGAUGAUAGCGAGGCUUUGGCAAAGUCGCUGCAGAAAGAAUUGGAUCAGGACGCCGGUUUUUCAUCUCAUGGUGCACAUGUCGAAGAGUCUACGGACGUGAUCAUGGUCGAUUCGGAUUCAGAGGAUGCUGAGGUGGAGGAAGUAGUGACGACAAAGGUCAAGGCCAAUAGUAGUGGAAAAGAUAAAGGAAAGGGGAAGGCAGUCGCUCGUACUAAUGGAGCUGCCAGUUCACGAUCGCCACAGAAACAAGCUAAACAAGCAAUAACUGUUAAGCCAGGCGAGGAACCCCCCGAUGAAAGAGUCAUCCCCUUCCGUGAGCUCUUCACGAGCAGCAGACAUUGCUCCAAAUGUAACCAGGAGCUUGAGUCCCCUCGCGGUGAUGUCAUAUUUUCGACCAAUGUACCCCCUCCUAGUCUGACGAACCUUCUCCAUCUUCUCUGCCGUACCUGCAAAAUCAAUCACUGCCGCGGCUGCCUCACAGCACUCCCAUGUCCUCCCUCCUGCAAGGGUCAGUCCAAGAACACGCAAUGUGGCGCUGGCACCUGCUGUGCAGAAAUUCGCGCAAUAGCGAUCUUCGAGGCUUUAGGCGGCUUCGACAGUCUCUAUAUCGGCGAGAAGACACGCGCGAACGAGCGCAUAAAGGAGGCUCAAGCGUCUCGCUCUUCCGGAAAGACUACGAGCAGAUCCGUUGGCCCGGGAGGAACGGGUUACGGCGCGGACGAUGCUGAUUAUGACGAUUAUGGUUUUGGCGGCUGGGGAGCGUGGAGUGAUGAAGAUAUGGACGAAGCUAAGGAGGUGGAUAGUGAACUGAUUUAUUACUCGCCGUUUGGGGGUCGAGGUCGUGGGCGUGGAAGGGGAAGGGGACGGGGAGCGGGAGGAUUGGUUAUGUCUGCGAGAGGGAGAGGCGGUCAUCGAGGCAAAGGUAAAGGUCGUGCUCCAGACCCUUCAGCUGCCAAACUUGCCCAAGACGCAGCCCAUUUCGACGAACUCCUCGUUCGUGCGCUCAAGACUAUCACUUCCUUCCUUCCCUCACCUUCUUCUUGCGAGGCCCAGACCUUCGAUCUUCUCCCACACGACUCUCUUCUUCCACUUCUCUCAACCUCCCAGCUACCAGAGUUGCUCGGGAGCCUGUUACGGAAUGACUCGGUGACUGAGUGGACAGUGAGAAGCGAGGUGUAUUAUGCUAUGCUAGAGAUGUUGCGGAGGUUGGCGGAUUGCGAGGUGACCUUUCCGGUGCUUAUUGAUCGGCAGUGGGCGAAGAAGGAGUCCUGUGGACUCGAGGCAUGGAUGUGGAACGAAGGCGAGAUCGUAUGGGAGACGACAACUACCACUACGACGACGGCGAAUGGGCAACAACAUCAACACCAGCAAACAGUUUAUAGCCGCUCCUUACCGCUCUAUACGCAUUUCAAGAAGCUAACGCGACAGUGCGAAGCGUUCAUGGCUGGCGCGGCGAGGCUCAUGGAAGGGCCAGAGGGUAAACCGGAUGCGGAAUUCGAGCAGACGAUGACACUGUGUGGGGAUAUUAUCGCGACGAAGGAUGAUAUCGAGAGAGCCAUGAAGGUGGUUGGGAGACACCCGGAUACCUUCGAUAUGGACGUUGAGCCUCCUGCUCAUUCGUCUGUAUCACAAACAAUCGGUACAUCGGAGGAUCCACACCACACGAAAGGACCCGUCACCCGGAGUCAAGCCAAGGGAAAGGCCAAGGCCGCACCUCCACCCGAACCCGAACUCGUAUGCGUCGACGAACGACUCUACACCCGUGAAUGCGAGCGUCUAGCCUUCCAAUAUGUGACCCUAGGCGAGGAGAGCAAGACUUCAGCCAAUGCCUCCACCAAUGGGAACGGCAAGGCCGUCGCUGUGGGUGGCGACGGUGCUGGGCUCGUGUAUAAGACGUUCAAUUAUGCUUCAAAGUUGAAGCAGACGGAGAGCAAGACGAGGAUUCCAAAGGAUAGGCUGCAUCUCGUUAAGGAACUCGCGGUAAUGGCGACUUCCCUGCCUCCGGGUGUGUGGGUACGAGUGGAUGAAGUUCGGAACGAUGCUAUUAAGAUCCUGAUAGCAGGGCCAGUGGGUACACCCUACGAAGGCGGCCUGUUUGAGUUCGACUGCUGGAUGCCAAUCGAAUACCCGAACGUCCCGCCACUGAUGCAUCUUCGCACGACGGGUAACGGAAGCGUGCGAUUCAAUCCUAACCUCUACAAUAACGGCAAAGUAUGCUUAUCGUUACUUGGAACGUGGCCAGGACGACCAGAAGAACAGUGGUCGAGAAAGUCCACGCUUUUACAGGUGCUCGUGAGCAUUCAGAGCAUGAUUCUCGUCGACUUGCCGUAUUUCAAUGAGCCAGGAUAUGGUCAAGCGAAGGCAGAGGCGCCUCCAAGCGUGAAAUACAAUGAGGGGAUCCGGCUCGCAACGGUUCGUUGGGCCAUCGUGGAGUGGUUGAAAGACGAGCAUUUGAAUGGGACUUGGGGGGAUGUCAUCGCGUCGCAUUUCUCCAUCCGUGGCGCCGCGAUUCGACAGACGAUCGAACUCUGGUCCAAAACACAGCCGUCCAUCCGGGCUUUCCCCUCCAAUCCACACAACCACCGCAACCGCGGCCUGGGUCAGGAACAUCCCAUUUUCCUCAAUGCCCCGGCAGCCGAGUUUCCUCCUCACCAUCAUCCUGGCGUCGACUUUUCUGACGACUCUGAUUACGCCUAUGAUGACUAUGGGGAUGAUGGGGGUUGGGAUGUGUACGGGGAGGGCAGCGAUGAGGAUGUGGAAGGCAACGAUGACAAGGUGACGACUUGGGAUCCGGAGAUGUGGCCAUUAUUUCCGGGUCAACACAAUCCGACCAAGGUCAAUAAAUUGGCGAAGACCAAUAAGGUUCAGGAUGAAGACAAGGACAAGGACGCAGGCAAAGAUACUACGGAGGAGUCUUCCCAGUCCAACGCCGAUGCCGGUGGUAGCGGUGGUGGUGAUGGAAAGACGAAGGCAAACGCAAAGCCUAAGGCCACGAAGGCGAAGGCCAAACCGAAAGGCAAACCAUCAGCGAAGCUUGUAGCCAUGUCUAAGCCCUUAGUCAUGUCGAAGCCUUACCUUCUCGGCCCCACCCAUGGCGGUUUCACGCUUACACCCGUAAUCCCAUCCCCAUCCUCAUCCACAACCACAUCCGCACCCAACCCUCCCAACUCCGACUCAUAUCCACCACAACAUCCUCAACCGUCUGCCCAUCCCCAUCCCCAUCCCCAUCCCCACCCCCAGUCCUAUCACUAUGAUUAUGCUAAAGCAAAAGCACAAGCAUAUAUGCAAGCACUCAAGGCCAAGAAAAGCCAAGCAUCCUCUUCACCUUCGUCAUCUAGUGCAGGAGGACACCCACCCCCAUGGACAACUGUAGCUGCCCCAGAACCACUUCCUGGCCCUGGUUCUCUCCUCGAGCUCCCUGGUCCGACGUAUUCUUGGGCUCCUCCGCCUUCUUGGAAUAAUACUCCACCUACGGGCGCCCUACCUUCUUAUCAUCAUCCUCAUCACAUGCAACACCAUAAACAUCCCCAACCGUCCUCGACAUCAUCUACCGCUGCUACCCCCGGGACCGGAUCUUCCGCUACACCCACGACCACAACCGUGUCUUCAGGCGGCGGCAGCGGUGGUGGGGUUGGUGGUGAUAAUGGUACUUCAGGUCCCAACAGCACCGACAUCGCCCACAAAUUAAACCCACUGAUGAGCUACAUCUCAUCUGGAUACAGCUCUCACUCGUGGAAGAAACCGACCGCCCACGAGCUAAGCGCCGCGAAGUCUGUCGGACACGAGUUUGUGACUUACGGUAGUCCAGUUGGUGUCGUUGGUUCUAGUGCUGGUCCUAGUACGAGUGGAGCGGGAUCGGGAUCGGGGACCAAGACCGGGCAGGGGACCGUGGUCGAGAUGGAUCUGUUGGAUGAGUUUGACAAGGGCAUGGAGAGGGUGAAGGCUUGGACAGAUGCGAAGGUCAAGGAGAAAAAGGAUGCUGAUGCUGGUGCUAAUGGCAUGGAGAUUGGCGGUGAGACCAAGGCAGAUGGAUUAUAAUAUCAUUGAGUAAUCGCGACGGGGAUUCUUGUCAGCCUCGGGGUACUUACAUAGGGGAAUGGAGGGAACGGGCAUAUUUAACUGGCAUCUGAUUGGACGAAGAAGACGGUGCCCGUGGCUUUUUUGUAUCAAUAUUUUCAUUAGGAUUAUCACGGUAUACAUUGG